AUGUAUUCUAAGGUCAUCAUCUUUCUCUGUGCGGCGGGGAUUGCAUCUGCAGGCAAUCUCUUACAUGCAUCUAUCGCUGCUCCCGUGGCCUACAGUUCUCCUUCUGUGUCUUACACCACACAGACUAAGACUGUUGCUCCAUUGGCAACAUACGCUGCUGCCCCCGUAGCUACAUAUGCAUCUGCUCCAGUAGCAACUUAUUCUGCGGCUCCCGUGGCUACCUAUGCUGCAGCACCAGUUGCCACAUAUUCUGCGGCUCCCGUGGCUACAUAUGCUGCAGCUCCAGUUGCCACAUACGCUAAGGCUAUUGCUGCACCUGCGGUUGCAUCUUCGUACCAAUCUGUAACCACUCAAAUUAAUCCAGUGGCAUACGCAGCAGCUGCUCCAGUAGUCGCAAAGUCAUACGCCGCUCCUAUUCUGACAAGAACUUAUUCCGCCCCCGUACUUACACGAACAUAUGCCGCUGCUGCUCCGAUUAUAUCUAAAAGUUAUAGUGUUCCUGCCAUCGCUAGUUAUGCUGCACCCGUGGCCCACGCUGUCCCUUCAGUAUCUUACGCAUCAAUAGCAUCUCACUCAGCUCCAGUGGCCUAUGCUGCCGCUCCGUCAAUCGCAUAUGCAGCGUCACCAGCUAUCUCGUACGCUGCUCCCUCUAUUUCGUACGCUGCUGCCCCUUCUAUCUCAUACGGUUUGGGAGGUCACGGAUGGUAA